CUCCGCGGUUCCUGAGCCUGAAGUUUUAGUCGCGGUGGAGGCAGUCGGAAAGCAGUAAGAUGUCAUUGGUCAGAGUGAACCGUUACUGUCCCCGGGGAAGUGGAAGAAAAACACUGAAARUGAAGAAGAAGAAACCUUCAGUGAAGCAAGAAUGGGAUGUACGUCGUCAUGAAAUACAUAAAUCGAAGAAUAGAGCUUUAGUGCACUGGGAACUCCAAGAAAAAGCUUUGAAGAGAAAAUGGAGGAAGCAGAAACUAGAAUCUUCAAGUCUUGAGAAAAGAAGAUUGUCUAUCAUGAGAGAGAUUCUUUCUGAUCAAUACCAGAUGCAGGAUGUUUUGGAGAAAUCUGAUCAUUUGUUGGCUGCAGCAAAAGAUCUGUUUGAYGUUCCUCGUAAACGCACAGGGUUUCCAAAUGUAACAAUGGCUCCUGAUUCCUCUCAGAGUCCCAUAAUGGUAAAUCAAGAUCCUAUUGCCCAAUCUAUCCUUAAUGAGUCUGUCAUAGACCCUCAGCCUCUUAAUGAAAUAGAUGAUGAAGGAGAAGAAGGAAUUGUUAAUAGCCAGUCAGAAGAAAGUGAGAAUGAAUUGGAUAACUCUCUGAACUCUCAAUCUAAUAYGAACACAGACAGGUUUCUCCACCAACUAACGGAAGAGAAUUCUGAGUUAAUUAGUAAACUGUGGACUAAUAUUCAGCAGAAAAUAGCAACACAGUCAAAAAUAACAACCCCUCCAAGAACUCCAUCUGCUGUUUCAUCAGGGGAACAAAGAGCUGCUCUGAAUACUACUGAUGCUGUCAAGAAACUCCAAACCAGGCUUCAGCCUGAAGAAUCUACUGAGACUCUAGACUCAAGCUAUGUUGUAGGACAGGUGCUCAACUCAAGGAAGCAAAAACAACUGCUAAAUAAAGUGAAAAGAAAACCAGAUUUGCGUGCUCCUUCCAAGCAGAAGAAAAACAUGUUAUCAGCUAGCACUACCUCUGCAGACUUAUCAAACAGCAAUAAUUCCAGCUUGGAUGUCCUCAAACAUAUGAUACAUGAAGUGGAACAUGAAAUGGAAGAAUAUGAGAGGUGGACAGGACGUGAGGUCAAGGGACUGCAGAGGGGUCAGGGUCUCACAGGCUUCACUUUGUCUCUGGUGAGCUCUCUUUGUCGCCUGAUUCGGUACCUGAGAGAGAGUGAGCUUCAACUACGUAAAGAAGUAGAGACAAGGAAGCAACUGGAACAUGUAUUAGGUGAUCAUCGAGAGCUCAUUGAUGCUCUAACAGCUGAAAUUCUUCUUCUGAGAGAAGAAAAUACUGCCACACAGGCAAGACUUCAGCAAUAUAUGGUCACAACAGAUGAGCAACUUAUAUCACUCACACAUGCCAUUAAGAAUUGUCCUGUGAUAAAUAACUCCAGACAAGAAAGUCAAGCAACAGAAAGGGAAGCCACAGGUAGAAUUAUAGACAAUCCAAAGRGUCCUGUUGUAAGUGCUAAUGUCUCUGUGCCAUUGAUGUUCAGAGGGGAAGAAGUGGUUGAUUUCCCACAGGAAGAGUUGCCUGUUAAACUGUCUCAGGUGCSAACCCCCCCUGAUAGCGUGAAUCUGACCACCAGUUUUCCAGCACGUAUUUUUGAGCCAGCUGUGUUGUUAACACCACCCAGGCAGAAAAGCAACUCAGAAUUCUCUCCUCUGCAGGAUGUAUUGAGGAGAACUGUUCAAACUCGUCCUGCUCCACGAAUUCCUCCAACUGUGGAAAUCAUUGAGAAGGAACAAAAUUGGGAAAAGACUUUACCUAUUGAUACAGACAUCCAGAAUUCAAGUGAAGAGAGUCGUCUUUUCACUCAGAGGUGGAGAGUCUCUCACAUGGGAGAAGAUUUAGAGAAUAAAGUUCAGCCCCCUUUUGUUAACUUUUCACAGAACCUCUGCAAUUUCCAUCCCAACACUCAGCAAUCAAGAAAUCUUGCCUUCUCAGAAGAGCCCUCAGUACAAGGAAAUGGGCAACAGCUUAGAACAAAUGAGGCAUCAUUGGUACAAAGAAAGGAYAUAAUGGCACGAAUUGCUGAGUUAACACUGCAGAAUUCAGCCAUCAAGACACAGCUAAAUAAUAUUACUUGUCCAGUGGGAGAGCAAGGGGAUGGACUGCGGGAAUUGAAUAAACAGGAAAGUGCAGGCGAUGUGACUGCUACUUUUCCAGUAGCACAAUCUCUAGCACCCAGUAGCAUGGAGGAACGGAUUGCAGAAUUGAAUCGACAGAGUAUGGAGGCUCGRGGGAAACUACUACAGUUGAUAGAACAGCAGAAACUUGUUGGUUUGAAUCUCUCCUCUUCAGCAGUAUCACCUGUUCAGUCGCCUCGCAGAGCAUGGACUGUGAUUAUAUCUCAGGUGUUUUUUUUAUCUUCAGGGGCAACUAGUAACUCUUGUUCUCCUUUAAAUGCCACCUCAGGAAGUGGGCGAUUCACACCUGUUCUUCCAAAAACAAAGAUUGAGAAACAAAAUGAAGAAGGCUGGUUUGCUCUUUCUACUCAUGUGUCAUAAGUGAGGUUGAAAUUGCAUUUUACGGAGUUUGUACUCAGUAAUUUAUUCUUGGCCUUCCACAGUCCUUUCCCUGCUCCUGCUUUYAAGUUUUUAUGUACUUCUUCAGAUAAAACCUACAGAGAUCCUGUGAAUUAAUACUAAUACAACAGAAAAAAAUUUAUUUUAAUUUUUUAGCUUUUCAAAUAGAUUUUCAACAGCCAGCUAAUGUAUAAUUCCCUGUGAAUAAAAUUUUGAUUGU